GGCACCCGAGCCACGCGCCACGUUUGUGUCCACAUCGGCAGGCACCUUUUUCGGAUACCAACAUCUCUUACUUUUAGGUGCAUUCGGAUAACAACCGUCGCCACACCUCGUCUACCUCAAGACCGAAGCACCGUCGUCGGCGUCUGUCCUGCGAAGAUUGCCCUCCGUUGAGCGCUGCCGCUCUAGUGGCCGAGGCCCAGGCCGCGGGGCACCGCCAUGGGCUCAGCGCGCCCCACCCUCCCCCGCGGCUCCAGCGUGCCGCUCCCCUGAGGCCCCCGGCUGCACUUUCGACCGACCGGCGCCACCACCAUGGACCCCGGCGGCGGCGGCGGCGGUCAGCAGCAGCAGGUCGCCAACAACAUCAACAACAUCAACAACAAUGGCGUCGGCGGGGGCGGGGCGGCGAGCUUGGAGCGGUCGGAGCUGCCGUCGCAGCGCGCCCUGCGGCCCGCCUGGAGCAUGCAGCCGCACAUCCAGCGCACGCCCUCCCUGAAGCGGCGCCAGCAACAGCAGCAGCAGCAGCAACAGGAGCAGCAGCAGCGACUCAACGCGGCUGACGCGGCCAUCUCGGCGCUGGCCGCCGUGCCCGUGCCACCGCCCGCGCCCCUCACCGCCAGCCCGCCCAGGUCGGCGUCGUCCACCUCCUCGCAGCAGCAGGUGUUCUUCCCCCCGUCCCCCGCGACUGCGGCGGCGGCGGCGGCGUCGCCCCCGCCGCUCUCCCGGACGCCGUCCAGGACACAGUCGAGGACACCGUCCAGAGCGCCUUCCCGCGGCCCCAGUGAAGACUACGACUUGGUCUGCAAGGUGAUGCUGCUCGGGGACUCGGGAGUCGGCAAGACGUGUCUACUAGUGCGCUUCCAGAACGGAUACUUCCUCAGCGGCAACUUCAUCUCCACCGUCGGCGUAGACUUCAGGAACAAGCUGGUGACGGUGGACGGAGUCAAGGUGAAGCUGCAGAUCUGGGACACGGCCGGGCAGGAGCGGUUCCGCAGCGUCACCCACGCGUACUACAGGGACGCGCACGCCCUGCUCCUCCUGUAUGACGUGACCAACAAGGCGAGCUUCGACAACAUCCGGGCGUGGCUGGGGGAGAUCCGGGAGUACGCGCAGGACGACGUGGUCAUCAUGUUGCUGGGCAACAAGGCAGACUGCAACGAGCGGAUUGUGCGCCGCGAGGACGGCGAGCGGCUCGCCCGCGAGUACAACGUGGCCUUCAUGGAGACGAGCGCCAAGACCGGGCUCAACGUGGAGGUGGCCUUCAUGGCCGUGGCCAGGGAACUGAAAUCCCGGAAGAGCGGAAACCCGGACGACAACCGCUUCAACGUGCAGGACUACGUCCGCGAGCACCAGACGCAGCGACCCAGUUGCCCUCCCUGCUCCACAUGAAGGGCCCACCACACCGAAGCCGGAUCCUGGCCAGGUCCAGGGCCCCCACCUACGGCCCACGGCAUGGCACGCCCACCUUGAAGAGGCUCUGCAGCCCGCAGGGCAGAGGAGUUCAAAGUAGCGAUGAUCAAGCUCUCAAGAAGGGCCGCUCGACUCGUACGAACAUAUCGUCUCUAUGUCUUAACGCGGCCUUGUAUUGCUUGGAGCGGCUUGGAGCCCUUCCCCCGCCCUCCCUCCCCCAUGUGGGAAUUCCCUGGAAAAGACGUUAGGCACAAAUGACCCUGUUUCGCACCUCUGGCAACAUCUUCAUUUUUUCCAUACUUUUUGUUCCUUUCCCACAUAUUUGAUUUCUUUGACUUUGAUUUUGAAAGUCACAGUGAUUUGAGGACUAAUUACGUUUUUGUAAGCUUUGAGAAAUGAAUGUCAAAAGUCUACUUAUAAAUUACUAAUUGUGUGCCAAUUUAGUAACGACAUUUUUAGUUCGUGCGAAAGUUUUUUAUUCUUUAAAAAAAAUUAA